GAAGAGUUUGGCUGGCGGAGACAUCAGUCGUUUCUUUUAUUCUUAUUUUUCUCUCGUUAAAUAAGCAGUCAAAGCAAUUUCAAGACAAACACGAGUAUCUAUUUUUUUAGUUUUUGUUUUUUAAUUAUUUCUCUCUCUGUGAACUUGCUUGCGUAUCGGUCCUGAACUAUUUUUCUUCUUUGAUUCUGAUAGAAGAGAAUUUUGGAAUCCUUAAUCUAUUGCCCCUGUAAUGGUGGGUUGGUCCUCUUCGAUGGAAUGGGUCUGAAACCCUAGUUUGUAUCCUCAGAUCUGCUUCUUGGAUCAUGUCCUUUGGUUAAGUUGAAGCCCAAGUCUUAGCUGGUUCGUCUCGGGUCGAGUUGUCUUUGAGCUGAGAAUUAAAGGGAGAUAUGGCCUCGGUGAAGUCGUCUCGGUCGAGGGGUCAGGUUGGUAAGGGUUCGGCGGCUAACGGCAAUGCUUUGGAGAAUGGAGUCCAUCUUGAGGAUAAGCUGAAUGUGUUCAUGAUUGAUAGUUUUGAUCCUGACGGCUAUGUUCAGUCGAAAUGUCAGUCUCUGAACGAGAAGGAAAUAAGGCAGUURUGUGCGUAUCUUGUAGAUUUGAAAAAGGCAUCUGCAGAAGAGAUGCGUAGAAGUGUUUACGCUAACUAUACUGCUUUCAUACGAACAUCAAAGGAGAUAUCAGAUCUAGAAGGGGAGCUUUUGUCAAUCAGAAACCUUCUAUCUACUCAGGCAGCUCUUAUUCAUGGUUUAGCUGAAGGAGUCAAAAUUGAUUCUUUGCCAUCCAAUGCUUCUGAAGGUUCACCAGAACAUGGCAUAUCUAAAUUUGAAGAUAAGGGGCUUUCAGAUACAGAGAAAUGGGCACUGGAGUUCCCUGAUGUACUUGACGUCUUGCUAGCUGAGAGGAGAGUGGAUGAAGCUUUGGCUGCCCUUGAUGAGGGUGAAAAUGUAGUUGCAGAAGCAAAAGAAAAGAAAACACUGAGUCCAGCUGCACUUCUUUCACUACAGAUUGCCAUUACUGAACGGAGACAAAAGUUAUCUGAUCAGCUUGCUGAAGCUGUUUGCCAACCUUCUACUCGUGGCAGUGAGCUUCGUGCAGCUGUUUUGGCUCUUAAAAGACUUGGAGAUGGUCCCCGUGCUCAUACUUUGCUACUUAAUGCUCAUUACCAAAGAUUUCAAUAUAAUAUGCAAAGUCUUCGACCUUCAAGCACCUCAUAUGGAGGAGCAUAUACUGCUGCUCUCUCGCAGAUAGUUUUCUCUGCCAUCGCUCAGGCUGUGAGUGAUUCUUUAGCUAUUUUUGGCAAGGAGCCAGCAUAUACAUCUGAGCUUGUGAUGUGGGCUACAAAGCAGACAGAGGCUUUUGCACUUCUUGUCAAGAGACAUGCAUUGGCCUCAUCAGCAGCUGCUGGAGGUCUAAGGGCUGCUGCAGAGUGUGUUCAGAUAGCAUUAGGCCAUUGUUCAUUGUUGGAAUCUCGUGGUUUGGCACUUUGCCCCAUUCUCUUGAAACAAUUUAGGCCUAGUGUUGAGCAAGCAUUAGAGGCUAAUUUAAAACGAAUUGAAGAGAGCACUGCUGCAUUAGCUGCUGCUGAUGAUUGGGUGCUCACUUAUCCUCCAACUGUUACACAUCAAUCUGGUAGAACCUCAAAUGCAUCUAUUGGCUCUGCAAYGGCAUUUCACCAUAAACUUUCAAGCAGCGCUCACCGCUUCAAUUCCAUGGUCCAGGAUUUCUUUGAAGAUGUAGGACCGCUCCUCAGUAUGCAAUUAGGAGGUCAAAGCCUGGAAGGCCUGUUUCAAGUAUUCAACUCAUAUGUUAGCUUACUCAUAAAUGCGUUGCCAGGUUCAAUGGAAGAAGAAGGAAGACCGGAAGGCUCUGGAAAUAAAAUUGUUCGGAUGGCUGAGACUGAACCUCAGCAGAUUGCUUUGCUAGCAAAUGCAUCUUUAUUAGCGGAUGAACUGCUACCACGGGCUGCCAUGAAGCUUUCUCCACUGAACCAGAAUGGUAUUAAGGAUGAACCUCGUAGAAGAGUUACUGACAGGCAAAACCGUCAUCCUGAACAAAGAGAAUGGAAGAGGCGCCUCCAGCGCUCUGUUGAUAGAUUAAGAGAUAGUUUCUGUCAACAACAUGCUCUUGAUCUCAUUUUCACUGAAGAUGGCGAUACCUUUCUUAGUGCAGACAUGUACAUAAAUAUGGAUGGGAAUGCAGAUGAAAUUGAGUGGUUCCCCUCUCAAAUAUUUCAGGAUCUUUUUCUAAAACUUAAUAGGAUGGCAAGUAUAGCUGCAGAUAUGUUUGUAGGAAGGGAAAGAUUUGCUACACUGCUGUUGAUGAGACUUACAGAAACUGUUAUCUUAUGGCUUUCAAAUGAUCAAAGCUUUUGGGAUGAUAUUGAAGAUGGACCUAGGCCUUUGGGUUCUCUUGGCCUUCAACAGUUCUAUCUGGACAUGAAGUUUGYUAUUUAUUUUUCAUCCCAAGGGCGUUACUUGUCUCGGCAUUUGCAUCAAGUUAUCAAUGACAUCACAACUAGAGCCAUUGCGGCAUUUGCAACAACUGGAAUGGAUCCUUACAGGUACGCUCUUUAGUGGGUUUUUAGAUUAUUAGAA